AAUAAUAUUAAAAAGAGAAUAACUGUGAUAGAUUAAAAGAAGCUUCACCGUUGAGAAACGUUUGGCCAGCAGAAGCAGAACAAACUUUCCCGCGUCGAACAAUAAUAGAAGCCAAUUACGGGACGAGAUCGAAAAGAAGAAAAGCGACACACACACAAACAGAAGCUCCGUAAAAUCGAAGAAAAUGCUGGCGGAGACUGUAAAAUACCUGCUGGGCUCCGCCGGGCCGAGCGGCUUCGGCUCCACCUCCACCGCCGUUGACGUCACCGCCGCCGCCAACCAUCUCGGCGCCAUCACCGCAAUUAUCACUGGCGCCACGUCGGGGAUCGGCUUCGAGACGGCUCGGGCCUUAGCAGCGCGCGGCGCGCGGCUAAUUCUGCCGGCAAGAAACCCUGACGCCGCCGAGGAGGUCAAAUCUCGCAUCGCCGGCGGCGGCCAAAUCAUUAUCCUUCCUCUCGACCUCGGCUCGCUCUCGUCCAUCCGAUCCUUCGUGAGCCAAUUCCUCGCCCUUGGAUUCCCUCUAAACAUCCUAAUAAAUAACGCGGGGAGAUUUGCGUACGAUCAAGCGGAGUCCGAGGACGGGAUUGAGCUCACCUUCGCCAUUAAUUUUCUCGGGCCUUUUUUGCUGACGAAGCUUCUGCUGGAGAAAAUGGUGGUAUCGGCGAGAGAAACGGGAAUUGAAGGCCGCAUCGUGAACGUUAGCUCAUUCUGCCAUCGUUGGUUCUCCGGCGACCCUCUCGCUUACCUCCGCCUUCUCGCCGCCGGCGAAGUACGUUACAAUGCGGCCAGAGCGUACGGACUGUCCAAAUUGGCUCUGGUGAUGCACACCAAAGAGCUCGCAAGGAGGCUCGAGAAAAUGGGUGUGAACGUAACAGUCAACAGCGUAGAUCCUGGUAUAACGCGUACGCGACUCAAUCGUGACCGUGAAGGCUUUGUGUUAGAUAUGAUGUUCUUCUUUGCGUCAAAAUUCGUGAAAACCAUCAAUCAGGCGGCGGCGACGACGUGCUAUGUGGCGGUGCAUCCGGCGGUGGCUGGUGCGAGCGGGAAAUACUAUGCGGAUUGCAACGAGUCAGCGGCGGCGAAGUCGGCGGCGAGUAGCGAGGUGGCGGCGCAGCUGUGGAUCGAAGCGGAGGCGAUGAUAGCGGAUGCGGAUCUUGAUGGUUCGGAGGCGGAUCAGGCGGGGAAGCAGUGAUGGGACAAGACCAGAGACAAGAAGGAAGCAUAGGUCUUUCUGUGUAGGUGAGAGAGAGAGAAGAUACAUCUGUUGCUCCUUUUCAACGCGGUGGCAGAGCUUUGGGAGUAAUAAGGCAGGCGCUAGCAGGCUUUUUGUUGGGAGAUAAUCCGGCAACGAAGGAAAGUAGGCAGGCCAUGGAGUUAAUACUGCCUAUUCCUAAAUGACUAGGCGUCUGCAACUUGUUGGCACAUAUAUUAUGAAGAUAUAAUAUCAUAUAAAGUGUUUUUUUUUUUAAAUGAGUAAAGCAUGGGAAGUUUAUUUUGUUA